AUGGCAUCACCACCAUCAUCAUCAUCACAAUCCCGCGCCUGGGUCUGGUCCGCCCGCGGCGCUGCCUCGUCCGUCCUAUCCCUCACCUCGCUCCCCGCGCCGACCCUCCCCCCUGCGCUGCCGCUCCCGCGCGACGUCCCCGAGCCCGAAGAAUGGAUCCUCAUCCGCGUCGCUUUUGCGGGCCUCAACGUCGGCUCCAUCUGGCAGAUGACGCUCGUCCCGGCCUUCCUGCGCAAGGACCCCUGCACCGCCGAGAUGGACCUCUCGGGCGAGAUCGUCGACGUCUGGCACCCCGACGAGGGCGCCGGCACCGCGCAGAACAAGACGCGGCCGCGCUUUAAAAAGGGCGACAGGGCCGUCGCCAUGCUGCCCGCGAGUCAUGCCCUGGCGACGGGCACGGGCGCGCUCGCUGAGCUGGUGGCUAUUCCUGCGCGCUACGCCGUGCCCAAGCCUGCGGGUGUUUCGUACGCUGACGCUGCGGGAUGUCUCCUGGCGGGCAUGACAGCCGCGAAGAUGGUCGACGAGAGCGCGGCGGGGCCUGGCCACCGCGUGCUUGUCGUCGCGGCGAGCGGGGGCAUCGGCACCAUGGUUGUGCAGAUGGUGAGGCGCGUCGUCGGCAAGGAUGGAUACAUAGUGGGCGUGUGCAGCGGCAAGAACGCGGAGCUGGUGCGGAGCCUAGGCGCCGACGAGGCAAGUAGACAAUCACUUACACUUAUCGUCGACUACACGCAGCACGACAACCUCGCCGCGCACCUCACCGCACACUUCUCCUCCCAGCCCUUCGACACCAUCAUCGACACGCUCGGCUUCCAGGCGCUGUACCUCGUCUCGCCGUCGUACCUCGUCCCCGGCGGCAACUACUCGUCCGUGGGCAUCAAGCCGCCCGGGUUCUCGGUGGCGCACUUCCUGCGCGCCGUGUGGACCAUGAAGCUCAACGAGUGGUGGCCCACGAGCCGGUGGUUGCUCGGCGCGGGGCGGGCCUGGCGCGGCGUGAGCAUGAUGACGCCGACCCUGGAGGACAGGGAGCGCAUCGUGGGCAUGCUGGGUCGUGGCGAGGUGCGCGUCGUGAGGGACGGGGUGUGGGCGUUUGAGGAUGUGAAGGAGGCGUAUGCGCACCUUGGUGAGGGGCAUGCGAGGGGAAAGGUGCUGGUCAAGGUGAAUCCGGAUGUGGGAGACGAUGAGUGUUAA